GCCCCCCGCCCAGCGACCGGCGCGCCCCCCUCCCAAUCCCCGCCGCCGCCUCCCGCGCUGUCCCCAGUCAUGUCCCACCCGGAGCGAUGGGGAAGCUCGAGGACAACGAGAGGGUGAUCCUCAACGUGGGGGGCACGCGGCACGAGACCUACCGCAGCACCCUGAAGACCCUGCCGGGGACCCGCCUGGCUCUGCUCGCCUGCGAGUCCCAGAGCGAGUCCCCGGGCGGCGAGGACCCGCCGCCGCCCCCCAACCCGCCGCCGCCUCCGGCGGGCGGCUGCCCGGAGCCCGGCAGCGGCUGCAGCCCCCGGGGCAGCGGCGGCGCCAGCGAGUUCUUCUUCGACCGGCACCCAGGGGUCUUCGCCUAUGUACUCAACUACUACCGCACCGGCAAGCUGCACUGCCCCGCCGACGUCUGCGGGCCGCUCUUCGAGGAGGAGCUGGCCUUUUGGGGCAUCGACGAGACCGACGUGGAGCCCUGCUGCUGGAUGACCUACCGCCAGCACCGCGACGCCGAGGAGGCCCUCGACAUCUUCGAGGCACCCGACCUGCUGACGGGCGAGCCGCCCCCCGACGGCGACGACGACGACUUGGCCGCCAAGAGACUGGGCAUCGAGGACGUGGGGGCGGCCGCCGAGGGCAAGGGCGGGCGCUGGCGGCGGCUGCAGCCCCGGGUCUGGGCGCUCUUCGAGGACCCUUACUCCUCCCGUGCCGCCAGGUUCAUCGCUUUUGCCUCUUUGUUCUUCAUCUUAGUUUCAAUCACAACCUUCUGCCUGGAAACACAUGAGGCUUUCAAUACUAUUAUAAACAAAACUGAGCAGGUCAUCAAUGGGACAGAAGCUGUGUUACAGUAUGAGAUUGAGACAGAUCCUGCACUGACAUAUGUGGAAGGAGUCUGCGUGGUAUGGUUUACAUUUGAAUUUUUAGUACGUGUUAUUUUUUCUCCCAACAAACUUGAAUUCGUCAAAAACCUCUUGAAUAUCAUUGACUUUGUGGCCAUCCUGCCCUUUUACCUAGAAGUGGGCCUGAGUGGGCUCUCCUCCAAAGCUGCUAAGGACGUGCUCGGUUUCCUCAGGGUGGUAAGGUUCGUCAGGAUCCUCCGGAUUUUCAAGCUCACCCGGCACUUUGUGGGCCUCAGGGUGCUGGGCCACACUCUGCGAGCCAGCACCAAUGAAUUUCUGCUGCUGAUAAUAUUCCUGGCCCUCGGUGUUUUGAUAUUUGCCACUAUGAUCUACUACGCAGAGCGGGUGGGAGCCCAGCCUAAUGACCCGUCAGCGAGUGAACACACACAGUUCAAAAACAUCCCUAUCGGCUUCUGGUGGGCUGUAGUCACCAUGACCACCCUGGGAUAUGGGGAUAUGUAUCCACGGACUUGGUCAGGCAUGCUGGUGGGAGCCCUGUGUGCACUGGCAGGAGUGCUCACCAUAGCCAUGCCCGUGCCUGUGAUAGUUAACAAUUUUGGGAUGUACUACUCCCUGGCCAUGGCAAAGCAGAAACUGCCAAGGAAGAGAAAGAAGCAUAUCCCUCCUGCUCCUCAAGCCAGCUCACCCACCUUCUGCAAGACAGACUUGAACAUGGCCUGCAAUAGCACGCAGGGUGACAUCUGCCUGGGCAAGGACAACCAGCUGAUGGAACACAACAGAUCAUCAGUGUUAUCAGGUGAAGACAGUGCAGGAAGUGAGCAGCCACUCUCACCUGGUGAAAGGCUCCCUCCCAUCAGACGUUCUAGUACAAGAGACAAAAACAGAAGAGGGGGAACAUGUUUCCUACUGACAACAGGUGAUUACACGUGUGCUACUGAUGGAGGGAUCAGGAAAGAUAACUGCAAAGAGGUUGUCAUUACUGGUUACACGCAAGCAGAAGCCAGAUCUCUUUCUUAAUGGCUUGGGGAAGGCACAAAACAUGCAAGAAAGGUAAACGCCAUCCAGACUUGCAAUUUUAAGCUAGCAAGUGCUGCUUGGUACUGUAGUAUUUUCUCUACUCCAGGGUUCUUCAACAUUUUCAGAAGCUGAGUACCAAGUAAAACUGAAACAAUUAUUGGGGGCUUUUUUUUUUUUUUUUUUUUUUACCAUUGUAAGAGGGUAGUAGUUCUCAAGUCGGGUUUUUGACCAGCCUUAUACCUCUGGCUCAUGGGCUUCAAAAAUUUCUUCAGUCAGUGUUGAGGUGCUUUGUCCUCUAUGUUGUUCGUCUGUCUGUUUUGCAACCUGUCUCCUUGUAUUCUCCAUCUGUCUCCAUAAAGCACAGAGAUACUGUUAAAAUGCCCCCCUUUUUUUAAGUUGAACUAAGAGCACUUUCCCUCCUUCUCUCUUUUUUUCAUAUGGACUAUACAUCCGUGUAUAGAUAGAAAUAUACAUAUUUUUCAAGUGCAGUUAGUAUCGUCUAGACUAACUCGUGUGCACUCCUAAGAUUUUUCAAGCGGCUUUUCAGCACUGACCGGUUGCCUAUUGCAUCAAUCUUCCUCCUAGCAACCAGCAUUCGUUACAAUUUUGAACCUGUAUCUCUUCUAGUGGCUUUUUCAUUCAAUAUUAACCUCUGUUUAUGCAACAGGACAAAUGCAAUGGCAAAUUUGAGGUUCUGGGCUGGUGAGGAAAAAUUACCCUUAAACUGUAGAGUUUUAGAACUACACAGGGAAGAUCAUAAUGACUGAAAUCUUAAGUGAUCCUUGAAAUUGUUGAAUAAUACCUGUCAUGUUUUACUUUUUUGUUAGGAAAAGAAAUUAAAUAUUUUGUUGACCGUGUAACAUGUUCUUCUGUAUAUAGCCAAGCCCAAUAGCAUGACCUGCAUGUCAGAAUUCUUGUACAAUAAUGUAUUUAUCAAAGUAUACAUUUCUGAUAUUUAGAGAUGUACAUUGAUUUACUUUUGGUAAAAUAUUGUCAAUAGAAAGAUAAUUGCAAACAGCUUUUAGCAAAUGAAUUAAUAUAAUAUCUGGUGCUGCUGUUAUAUUAACUACAGUGUUGUACAGAAUUUAUCAUGGAUUUUUGACUGCUGAAAAAGGGACAAUGGAAUUUAGCCAUACCAAGGACUGUACUGGAAAGAGACUGCUGCUGCUGAAUGGACCCUGAUAAACGACUCACACCUUGAGGAGGUCACUGAGACUGUGCGUGAGAAGUAGAGCUUGUUAAAGAAGAUGAAAGACCGCUGAUAAUUACUGCUGCCAGAGGAAGGGGUGACUAGUCACUGUUGAUGAGUCAGUGUAAAUAAAACACGUGUGCAUGGAAUAUCAGUUUUUAUCUGUAUCAAGGAAAGCUGAAUUCAUGUCAUCAUUGCUAAGGCUCCAUGCAAAGACCCACACCCCUGUGUUUAUUAUUCCUGGUUCCUGCAGGAAGCUGUGCUGUGGAUCAUACAAAGACACGCGCUUAAUAAUGAUAGUGAUGUAAACUACAUCUGUCUUGACUUCUGUCAUACUAAUGGCAUAUAUUGCAAAAGUCACAAAUUUGAACAGAGUAGGUUUGCAUAAGUCCUUGCUUUCUCAGUUUGCCAUGACCUAAAUUGUUAUGAAUUCUAGUGUACAUGCCAAGUCCUAAGUUUACUUUUCACUUUAAUAACAAAAAUGUGACCGCAGACAAACAUCACUGACUUUGUUCACAGCACACAGUCUUCUUUCAUUGUUACCUCAAACUAUAAGUAUUAUCAGAAAUAAAAUUCUGGCAGCAAGAAUAUUUUGUGUUUUUUUUUUUUUUUUUAAUUCAAAGUGUUGCAAACCCAACAUUAAUAAGUAUAAAAAUUGUAUUAAAAUUAUAUUCUACAAAUGUAUAUUUUACAUAAAAUAUAUAUUCUUUGAUAAGUUAUUUUCUGUGAUUUUUGUGGUAAAUGGAUCUAGUCUAUUCUAUGUUUAUGAGACAUUGUAGUGCUACGAUGUGGUAAUUAUGUUCCCUCCAUCCUAUUCAGUGGGAAAUUCUCCAGAAUCUGUUUUGUCACUCUGGUGUCCCGAUUGUAGGGACCUGUCCCAGUUGUGAAACUCUGUAUCGUGGAACUUCUGUGAACAUGUCAAGGUGCAUGCACAAUCCUGGUGGAAACCAGUGGAAAUGUAAUACCUGAAUUGGAGAAUAAAAGGCAAAAGACCUGGGGAGGAACUUGGAACA